AUGGAUGGAACCGAAGUUGCUUGUGGUGUUGGUUUGUUGAGGAUGUUCUUGACACAAGAAACAGUCAUGAAGGAACAGGCAUUAAUUCUAAAUGGCAGAGCAGAUGAAGUUGUAAAUGUUAAUCAAUCUCAGGUUAUGGCUAUGAAUUCUUCUAGUGCAUCCAAUGCAAACACCACAAACAAUAUAUGUGGUUUAUUGCCUUCUUCUACGCAAACUAGGGAUCCGGCAUGGGAAUGGGGUGAACGCAAAGACCCAGAAAAUCCAAAUAUUAUUACCUGUUUGUUAUGUAACAAAUUAAUCCGUGGUGGUGGAAUCACAAGGCUUAAGGAGCAUCUCGUAGGAAAGUCAGGGAAUACUUCACCAUGUCCGAAUGCAACCACUUAUGUUAUCAACAAAGUAAAUCGGUUGUUUGCUGUAAAGAAGACCAAAAAUGCUCAUAGGGCUAACAUUGAUUUAGUGUACCAGCGUACAUUCAACUCUAAUGAAGGCUCUGAUGUUGACACAGAUGUUGGGGAACAAGAAGUUGAAAUUGAUGGAAAUGUUGGCAGUGGUAGUGGUGUUGAUUUACAUGUUCAAAAUCAGACGAAGAGAAAGCGAAUAACCCAAAGUAAUACAAGAGGUCCUAUUGAUUUAUAUAUGAGGACAGAUCACAAGAAAACUCAAAAGGUCACCGCUGAAAGGAACUGUGCAGUGAAAGAGAAGUUAUUAAAGACUGCAUGGAAAUGCAUAUCAUCUUGGAUGACUGAGAAUUCAGUGGCAUUUAAUACCGUUCGUUGCCCAAGUUUCAAAGAAAUGAUCUUUGCAAUUGGUGAUUAUGGGAAAGCUAUCCCCCCCCCAUCUUACCAUCAGAUUCGUACCAAUCUUUUCAAGGACCGAUUAGAAGAAAUGAGGAUGUUCGUUGAUACCUUUAGGGAACAUUGGAAGAGGUUUGGAUGUUCUAUCAUGUCAGAUGGUUGGACGGAUGGGAAAAAGAGACAUCUUAUUAACUUUUUGGUGAAUUGUCCUAAAGGUUCAGUAUUUUUGAAGUAUGUGGAUGCCUCAGAUAGAACCAAUGAUGCUGAUUUCAUUCGUAAGCUUGUAAAGGAGGUAAUUGCUGAUGUUGGUGCAGAAAAUGUGGUUCAGUUCAUUACUGAUAAUGGUUCUAACUUCAAAAAGGCAGGGAAGGACCUAAUGCUUGAAUACCCACAUAUAUUUUGGACUCCUUGUGGUGCUCAUUGUGUUCAGUUGAUGCUAGAAGAACUUGGUUCCAAGCUUCCAAGAAUCAAGACAGCCGUCAUACUAGGUAAGAGACUAGUUACAUAUAUUUAUGCUCAUUUUCAAGUAUUGAGCUUAAUGAGGGAGUUGACUGGUGCAGACUUACAUAGGUCUACAAAAACUAGAUUUGCAACUCAAUAUUACACACUAGAGAGUCUUCAAAAGUAUAAAACUCCUCUGCAAAUGGUGUUUGUGAAUGAUAGGUGGGUAAAAACUAGGUUUGCAAGAGAAAAUGUGGGAGUAAAUGCACUUAAAAUUGUUACAAAUAUCAAAUUUUGGGAAGAUGUCGAUUACUCUUGUAGGGUGCUAAAGCCUUUAGUUAAGGUAGUAAGAUUAGUGGAUAUCGAACGCAAACCUACAAUGCCUUCUUUUUAUGAGGCAAUGAGAAUAGCAAGGGAUCAACUUGAGAAGAAUUUGGCUGAAGAUAAUGAUACUUGGGUUAUAGUUAAGGUUGUUUUUGAUAAGAGAUGGAAGAAUAACUUUAAUCAUCCUCUACAUUGUGCGGCUUAUUAUCUAAAUCCUUCCAUAUUCUAUAAGAUUCCAGCUCAUUUGAUGGAUAAUGGUCCAAAGUACAUAGAAAUCAAAAGGGGACUUCAUACAGCUAUGGAAAAGCUUAUAACCAAUGAAGAUGAACUUGAGAUGGAAACAACUGAAUUGAGAAUGUACAACGAUGCUUAUGGAAUCCUAGGAAGUCAGACUUGCAAAAAAAGAAGAGACAAAGAUCAACCUCAUGAUUGGUGGAUUACAUAUGGAGGAAUCGAUGUCCCAAACCUACAAAAAUUUGCAAUCAGGGUAUUGAGUCUUACUUCUUCUGCUUCCCCAUGUGAGCGAAACUGGAGCACAUUUCAAAAUUUGCACACCAAGAAGCGGAAUCGCAUAACACAACAAAAAUUGAAUGAUAGUGUAUUUAUCCAAUAUAACAAAAAAUUGCAGCGUCGUUAUAAAGAAAUUGCAGAAUAUAAUGAUGAUGGGAAAGCUCGUGACCCUAUUUUUCUUGAUGAGCAUGAUGAAAAUGAUGAAUGGUUGGAUCCACAGAACUUACAUGACUUGGCUGUAGAAGGUGAUAAUGUAACUUUGGAUGAUUUUCAAGAUAUUCUUGGCGAAGAAAGUCGUCCAGUUGAUAGUAGGGGUGCGUGUAGCUCUCGAAGCAAGUCUACUUACCCAACCGAUUCUGAAUAUGAUGGCUAUGAUACUGAUCAAUUGAUGUUAGACACUGAUAAUGGACUACUUGAUGGAGCUAAUGGAGCUACUGAAGAUGAUGAUAUCUAUUAUUUAGAAUAA